UGCUGACCGGGAGGCUCCCCUGGACCCAGACGCGCAGAGUCGCCGAGGCUCCGCCUGCACUCUGCCGCCGCCGCGUCCCGGCGUCUCUUGCACCGCCCAGGGGAGCGAACUCCGAGCAUCUCCCGCUGCAGCCGCUCCUCGGUGCCGGGAACGUGGAAGCUGAGUGCGAGAAACCCCCAGACGGAAGCGCAGCCUCUUCCCGCCGCCAGGACCACCAUGACCCACUUCAACAAGGGCCCAUCCUAUGGGCUCUCGGCCGAAGUCAAGAACAAGAUUGCUUCCAAGUAUGACCAUCAGGCAGAAGAAGAUCUUCGCAACUGGAUAGAAGAGGUGACAGGCAUGAGCAUUGGCACCAACUUUCAGCUGGGCUUAAAAGAUGGCAUAAUCCUCUGCGAACUCAUAAACAAGCUACAGCCAGGCUCAGUGAAGAAGGUUAAUGAGUCUUCGCUAAACUGGCCUCAGUUGGAGAAUAUUGGCAACUUUAUUAAAGCUAUUCAGGCUUAUGGUAUGAAGCCACAUGAUAUAUUUGAAGCAAAUGAUCUUUUUGAGAAUGGAAACAUGACCCAGGUUCAGACGACACUGGUGGCUUUAGCAGGGCUGGCUAAAACAAAAGGAUUCCACACAACCAUUGACAUUGGAGUUAAGUAUGCAGAAAAGCAAACAAGACGUUUUGAUGAAGGAAAAUUAAAAGCUGGCCAAAGUGUGAUUGGUUUGCAGAUGGGAACCAACAAAUGUGCCAGCCAGGCAGGUAUGACAGCCUAUGGGACUAGGAGGCAUCUUUAUGAUCCCAAAAUGCAAACUGACAAACCUUUUGACCAGACCACGAUUAGCCUGCAGAUGGGCACCAAUAAAGGAGCCAGCCAGGCAGGGAUGUUAGCACCGGGUACCAGAAGAGACAUCUACGAUCAGAAACUAACAUUACAACCAGUGGACAACUCGACAAUUUCCCUACAGAUGGGUACCAACAAAGUCGCCUCCCAGAAAGGAAUGAGUGUGUACGGGCUUGGGCGGCAAGUAUAUGACCCCAAAUACUGUGCUGCUCCCACAGAACCUGUCAUUCACAAUGGAAGCCAAGGAACAGGAACGAACGGGUCGGAAAUCAGUGAUAGUGAUUAUCAGGCAGAAUACCCCGAUGAGUAUCAUGGCGAGUACCAAGAUGACUACCCCAGAGAUUACCAGUACGGUGACCAAGGCAUUGAUUAUUAAAUAGUCACACGAGGAGUUCAGUAUUUAGCCCAUUGUUUUUUAUUCACUGAGAAACAAGCUAGCCUUGAGUAAUUUUUAUCUUGUCUUCCUCAAACACUCUUAUGCUUAUUGUAUCUAAAAGAAAUAUUGCCUUACAUACAUUCCCUCUUCCUUUUCCUGCCUCUUCCCUAAAUAGUUGCCUUUUAGUGCUGUAACAGUUAAAUCCUACAGCAUAGCCAGUGACUCGCAUGCACAGUGAAAAGGAAUACUGUGAAAGGGGAGUACUGUGAGACAGCCAGUACCUUAAUGGAAGAUCUAUGCAUUUUUACAAUCUUCUACUUAAACUGGUAUUUUCAAACAAUAGAAAGUUUUUGGUUUUUUGGGUUUUUUUUUUUUCCAGUUUGGUAUCUGGUUUCUACACGGAAGACUAAUAAACUCGUGCUUAUAGUUAAAUGUGGUCUUUGCCAACUAAAUUUAAGAUGCAGCAUUUUAGAAAUUUACAUAGCAAUGUUUUUACAGUAUUGUUUUGCUGAUUUUUAAAUAAAGUCAUGAUCAGUGUGCA